GUCUUGGCGGGAGAACAAAGAUGGCAUCGGCGGUGGUGGAAUACAUUCAAGAAGCGCUGGAUAGGAACGAAGCGCCGCACUUGGUGCGAGUCUGCCGGGCCACGGGAUGCUCCUUAAAAGAUGGCCAAGAAGCUUUGGCACAGGUUAUCGCCCAAGAAACGGAUGUGCAGUCCGUGCAAGUCGUGGUAUCCACGGAAAUCGACCCAGAAACAAAUGCAAUCGCGGGAAAAACUAUCUCAUUGAUCCGUGGUGAACCUGACGAUGCUACGGAUUUGUAUGCAGUCUACCGGUCGGCAGCUCUCUCCACUCGGGAUGUGGACGAUGCGCUGAAGAACAUAAUGUGGUUCCCUCGCUUGGACGAAGGCCUUGGGAGUAAUGGGACAUACGGCGCAAUCGCGUCCGAUAUCACGUGCGAUGAAGCUUUGGGUUCGCGGAAUCUUGUCAUGGUAGCAGCGGAGUCGGCUUCAGUCUUCUCCAACUUUAAGGCCAUCAACACUACAAAGACCACCACGCCGUUCUUUCAAAGGCAGUCGUCUUCGAGCUCGUCCAAGCCUCCUCCCAAGAAGCAAACACCUUCAUUUUUUGGCACGACUUCCGCCAAGACUGAAAGCAAGCAGCAGGCUGCUCCACCGUCGAAGAAUAAGGCCAACGUGGUCGACGACAGCGACGAAGAUGUAAGCGACGACGACGACGAAACCCCAAAAUUUGUCAAAAAAUCAACGCACCAUAAGCGACUUCGUGUGUGUGACGACAGCGAUGACGACGACGAAGCGGAGUUCUUUCCGACCCCAAAGCCGUCGCAUCCAGUGAAAAAGGAUGACAAACCCGUCAAUUGCCCACCGCAUCCCACGACUGCACCAACCACAAGUGCUGGAGAAGAUCGUCCAACCCCGCCAGCUCUCCCUCGAUCGCAACCUGUGGCGGUCGAGAAAGAAGAAGCAACGGCCCAUCGCCCUCAGAAGCGACAAAAAGCAGUGACGAAAACUCAUAUCAACGAGGACGGGUAUAUGGUCACCGAAACCAUAUACGAAGACGUUGAAGGGGACGAACACCCGACGUCCCAGACAAAAGCCGCGUCGUCGUCUGGGAAACUGCCAGCACCGCCUCCAAAGAAGAAGCGUGUCCUGAAAGGAUCUGGCACGGCAAAGCAGAGCAAUCUCAUGGACUUCUUUGGAAAAAAGUCAGUGUAACCAAAAAACGUGGUUGUGCCAAGUGCCCAACAUGCCAUGGCUGAAUGGGAUACAAAGUCGGUGAUGGAAGUAUCGAGCAACACUCAGGGUUGAGGACCGGCACGCGGUGGUCCACUAUCC